UACUUGUUCAUCGUUUUCUUUUCAAAAUUUUGAUCUGUUUCUAAAACUCUCUUCUUUUCCUCAUCUUUUUCUCUCUAUAGUAGUGCCAAUGCUGUCACCUUGUAGUAACCUUAUUCUUUUUCUCCUUGAUCCUUCUCUGGUCAUGAAGCCAAAAACCCAAUCCCUACCUUUUAGUUCUCAUCUAGGCUCUUAUUCUCUCCCUUCAACUUUUGUGACUCUGUUAGUAGCUGCUGUUCUUCUUCUUCUUCCUAUUUGUGUUACUGUUACAUUGAUAGCAAAGAUGCAACCUAACAACUUAAGAAACCAAGAUGCUGGUGGGCAGCCACAAAAUGUAGAAGUUGAAUUGGGAGAUGAUUCCAAACAAGCACAACUAAGAGGACAGAAAGGGAAUGCUGUUAAUGGGAAAAGAAAGACAGGUAAGAAAAGAUCUAAAGCAUGGGAUCAUUUUACUGAGAUUGUUGAUAAAGAUGGGAAAGACAAGGCUAAAUUCAGUAUGCAAGGUCUAAAAAGAAUCAAACAAUGCUUAGUUAUUGUGGUGGUGACAUUGAGAAUGGGGGAAGAGUUAGUUGACCUUUUAGAGAGGUGUUUGAAAGAUUGGGGCAUUGAAGAGGUAUAUUCAUUGAUUGUGGACAAUGCAUCAUCAAAUGGUGGAAUUGUUAGGGUUCUUAAGAAUGCUCUCACCAAGUGGGGAAUAGCAGUUUUGGGUGCACAAAUCUGCAUAUGAGCCUCACAUAUGCCUUUGCUUACAUUACAGAAAAAUGCACAAAUAACAAAAUGCACAUUGGAAGUUGCAUCUCAUUUCUUUUUUGUUGAUAGACUAACAGUAGAUGCAUACUUUAUGAUUGUCAUUUAAUAGAUAGUGUAAUUAGUUUGGUGUAGUCAUUUAUCACUUUAGAUUGUUGAUGAGUAAAAAACUAUGGUUGCAAGUUCUGUAACUUUUUGCUAUUAGCUUUAUCUAGUCAAUGUAAUCUUUAAUCUUGAAUGAUGGAAUGAAUGUAAUUUUGGGUU